AUGCCCAGAGGAAAAGCUCCUGCCUUUUCAAUCGUGCACGACAUGCACACCGCCGACAAGCGAGCUGCUGACCACGGGCGGCUGCAUGCGAGCGACGGCCUGUCCCAGGUGACGGCUCACCUGUGUGGUAGUCGCCACAACCCAAUCGUUCCGAGACGAUCCGCCCCGCUGGUAUCUGUACGGCUCCGCCCUCGAGGACGUCGCAUGCGGCACAGGGCGCAGUUGACGGGCGCACGUCCGCCUGUCGACAAGACCGAGGGGCCCAGACUAUUGACUGACGCCCCCAUGUCGCCCCCAUCCCCGCCCAUUCGUCCGCGGGCUGCCCCCCGGCAGGCUCCGGCCGCCUGUGCGAUGGGCGCACUGCAGCCUCAAAUCUUCAACGGCAUCAGUGGGGUGCAGGGUGGGCGCGGCCUUACCGAGCCGACGGCUGCGUCGCAGUUCUUGAUGGACGACGUCUGGGCCUGGUUUGCGGGGAUCGGGUGUUUGUCCACCUCUGGGCGGCCCGGGUAUGCGGUACUCGAUGAUGCACACAUGGGGGAUGCAACUGGGACAGCUGGGACGCACCAAUUGGACGCCAAUUGGACACCAAUGGCACACCAAUGGCACACCAGUGGCCCACCUCCUAUGCCGAAUGCGAUGCUACUCAACAUGAGUGCACCAUCCAACUUCCACAUCCCCACCAUAGAUAUCGCCCCUUAUCUUGAGGAUGCCUCUACCGACGCCGCCAAGAAGGUUGUCGACGAUGUGCGGAACGCAUGCAUGACGGCCGGCUUCUUCUCCCUGGUCGGGCAUGGGAUACCGCGGGAGAUGCAGGACAACGUCUUAGACGCCGCAAAGAGGUUCUUCGACCUGCCUGUAGCGGAGAAGGAGGUACUGCGGCAUCCUCUUAUCAAGAACAGGGGCUACGAGGUCAUAGGCUCUCAGACACUUCAAGAAGACACCCUGCCCGACCUGAAAGAGGGCUUCUACAUCGGCAAGGAUCUCCCCAUCGAGUCGGAGAAGGUGAAGGCGCACCCGGAGCUGCUGGGCCAGAACAUGUUCCCGGCGUCGCUGCCCGAUGGCGACUUUCGGCUGCCCACCGAGGCCUACUAUGCCGCAGUGCUGGACCUGGCGAUGCGCGUGCUCGAGAUCCUGGCCAAGGGCCUGCCAUACGGCGACGACAUCUUCCACGAGUUCGUCUCAAACGACCCUGUCUGCAUCAUGCGUCUGCUACACUACCCGCCCCAGGCGACGCACGAUAAGAGGCAGCUCGGCGCUGGGGCGCAUACCGAUUUUGGCGCAAUAACCCUCCUCCUCCAGGACACAGCCGGCGGGCUGCAGGUGCAAGACCCGCACACGCAGGCGUGGCACGAGGUGGCCCCCAAUCGCGACGCCUACGUGGUCAACAUCGGCGACAUGCUGGCGCUGUGGACAAAGGGCAUCUACCGCAGCGCGGUGCACCGGGUCAUCAACACCAGCGGCGGCCACCGCUACUCGGUGCCCUUCUUCUUCGACGGCAACGCCGAGGCCCAGCUGCGGCCCUUCGACGGCAGCGAGCCCGUCGGCGGCCGCGUCGUCACCGUCGAGGAGCACAUGCUGCAGCGCCUUAGCUCCUCGUACCGCAGCGGUGGCGUCGGCAGGGGUGCUGGGAGGGGUGUCGGGAGGACUGUCUCGGCUUCUGCGUAG